GGUUUGUUCAUCGUGACCUGUGCAAGUCGGCAAUGGCCUGACAGCUUCGCAGUCAUAGGGCCAAGUGCGCCAUGGAUGACGCAGAUGCCGAUGCAGCCCUACAAAAGUUCUUCGAGGAGGAUGCUUUGCUGGAGGCCCUCCAAGAUGCUCCGGACAUGGAAGCACAAGCCGAAGUCUUCAAGGUGCCGAAACCUUCACGCCCAGCCUCCACCGCGGCUGCCGUGCCGGACGUGGUGCCGGACGUGGUGCCGCCCGCGCCGGUCGCGGGGGAGCUGCGGCGGCACCGGCGUGAGGAGCGGGGAACGCUGGAGAUCGAGAAGCCCACCAGUGGGGCUCGCGCGAGCCGGCCCGAGCGUCGGAAGAGUGGACGCUCCUGGACCGGCACACUCCUGGUGAUUUGCAUCAGCCUGGUGAUUUGGCUCAUCAUCCUUUGGCUUUGGAGCCCCAGUGAGUUAUGGCCGGAAGCCACCAACAAGGACGCCCGUCCGAAAGCACCAGCACCUGCAGCUGCGGCCAUCCGCCUUCCCUCUGCCAAUGCCACGGACGCUGAAGCGGCGCCGGGCGCUCGCGGCGGCAGCGUGGAGGUGGCCUGGACCAGCGCGGACGUCUCGGGCAACGCCACCAGCGCGGACGUGUCGGCCAACCGGACGGAGGUCACGGAUGGAGGCAUGGCUCGUCGAAUACGAAAAGGACGACGAGAUAGGACAGGAAUAGGUCAUUAGAAAAA